CGCCUUAUCUAAUCAGCAGGGUUUAUCUGAUCUCUUGCUUGGCGCACCUUCUCUUCAUCCUAAAAAAAACUGCUACAUCCACACCUUUUUUUUCUUCUCUUUCCAACGUUCACAAAUCUUCAUUCACAUCACCACCACCUCCACCACCUCCUUCUCCACAACAAAGGGCGAGCCACCGCAGUGAACCCUUUUCCUCAACCACAUAUCCAACACCACUACCAUGUCCGCUCCCAACCCCAAGGCCUUCCCCCUCGCCGACGCGGCGCUCACGCAGCAGAUCCUGGACAUCAUCCAGCAAGCCUCUCACUACCGGCAAUUGAAGAAGGGUGCGAACGAGGCGACAAAGACUCUUAACCGGGGCAUCAGCGAGUUUAUCGUGAUGGCGGCGGACACGGAGCCGCUCGAGAUCCUGCUGCACCUGCCGCUGCUGUGCGAGGACAAGAACGUCCCGUACGUCUUUAUCCCCAGCAAGAUUGCGCUCGGCCGCGCGUGUGGUGUCAGCCGCUCCGUCAUCUCCGCCUCCGUCACUAGCAACGAGGCCAGUGAGCUCCAGGCCCAGAUCAGGACUAUCAAGGACAAGAUCGAGAGGCUGUUGAUCUAAGGGUUGCGAAGGGUUGCGAGGGGGAUGGGAAAUGGACUGGAGGACUUGGGUUGUUUGUAUGGUAGAUGCGGAAGACUUUGAUGUCAUCUCUGCAAUCAAGGAAUGAAAAAGGACAUGCAUGCACCGAGUCGAUGUCAUGAGAGGGAGAGAGAGAAAACAUCAAUUUAUUUUCGCAUGCGGCCUAUCUAUAGUAGAGUCUAAGCAAUGGAAUGGAAGCCAUGAGGACGAUCAAACAAUCCUCAAAUCAUCAAA